AUGGAAGCUGUAGAAAUGAAUAGUGUAUCUUUGAAACGUCCUCGCUCUGAGGAUGAUGUGGCUAAUACAGAUGAAAUUAAAAGACAGAAGACCUCAGAGAAGUCUAACACAGGGAACGACUCUGGGCAGAGCGUUGAGACUGUAACUGAACAACCUGACAAAUCUCUGCUUGAGGACACGAAAAAUGAAGUAAUCCCUAAUGAGGAAGGUGAGGAGCAGGAAGAUGAGGAGCUAGAGGACAGUGAUGAAGAUGGAGACCCAGAGAGCUUUGCAGACAUGAUGAAGCAUGGACUGACAGAAAGUGAUGUUGGCAUAACUAAAUUUGUUAGCUCUCAUAAAGGGUUUUCUGGAAUCUUAAAAGAGAGAUACUCAGACUUCGUUGUCCAUGAAAUAGGCAAAGAUGGACGUGUGAGCCAUUUAGAUGACUUUUCCGUUCCAGUGGAUGAUGAGGACCCAUCGGAAGACACAUUUACAGUUCUGUCAGACGAUGACAAGCAGCGUUUAGAGGAGCUCCAGCUUCUUAAGAAUAAGGAAACUAGUGUUGCCAUAGAGGUAGUUGAAGACACCAAAGAAAAAAGAACAGUUAUCCAUCAGGCUGUGAAGUCCUUGUUUCCUGGACUGGAGACUAAAACAGAAGAUCGAGAUGGAAAAAAAUACAUUAUUGCUUACCAUGCUGCUGGGAAAAAAGCACUGGCAAAUCCAAGAAAACACUCUUGGCCAAAAUCUAGGGGAAGCUACUGCCACUUCGUACUGUACAAAGAAAACAAGGAUACUAUGGAUGCCAUUAAUGUCCUAUCCAAAUUUUUAAGAGUGAAGCCAAACAUAUUUUCCUACAUGGGAACUAAAGAUAAAAGGGCUAUAACAGUUCAAGAGAUUGCUGUUCUUAGAAUCACUGCACAAAGACUUGCUCAUUUGAAUAAAUGUUUGAUGAACUUCAAAUUGGGAAAUUUCAGUUACAAGAACCAUCCACUGAAAUUAGGAGAACUGCAAGGGAACCAUUUCACUGUUGUUCUCAGAAACAUAACGGGAACUGAUGACCAGAUAGAGCAGGCAAUGCACUCUCUCAGAGAAAUUGGAUUCAUUAAUUACUAUGGAAUGCAAAGAUUUGGAACCACAGCUGUUCCUACAUAUCAAAUUGGCAGAGCUAUUCUACAGAACAAUUGGAAUGAAGUAAUGGAUUUGAUAUUAAAACCACGACCAGGAGCUGAGAAGGGAUACUUAGUAAAAUGCAGAGAAGAAUGGGCAAAGACUAAAGAUCCAGCAGCAGCCCUCAAGAAACUACCUGUAAAAAGGUGCGUGGAAGGACAGCUUCUACGCGGACUCUUAAAGUAUGGAAUGAAGAACAUAAUCUCUGCAUUUGGCAUAAUACCAAGGAAUAAUCGAUUAAUGUAUAUCCAUAGCUACCAGAGUUAUGUGUGGAAUAAUAUGGUGAGCAAGAGAAUAGAAGAGUAUGGGCUUAGAGCUGUACCAGGCGAUCUCACGCUUAAAGGAGCCACAGCUGUUCAUAUCGAAGAAGAAGAAGUUGGUAACUACACUAUCCAUGAUGUAGUGAUGCCAUUGCCUGGAUUUGAUGUUAUUUAUCCAAAGCAUAAAAUUGGUGAGGCCUACAAGGAGAUGCUAGUAGCUGACAAUCUUGAUAUCAACAACAUGAGGCAUAAGAUCAGAGAUUAUUCGCUUUCUGGUGCAUACAGAAAGAUUAUCAUUCGACCUCAGAAUGUCAGUUGGGAGGUUGUUGCAUAUGAUGAUCCCAGAAUCCCGUUAUUUACUACGGAUUUAGAUAAGCUGGAAGGAAAACCAUUACCAGUUCUUCCUAUGGAUGGUAAAUUCAGGGCACUAAAGAUGGAGUUCUCCCUUCCCCCAUCCACUUACGCUACCAUGGCGAUUCGAGAAGUUUUGAAAAUGGACACAAGCAUAAAAAACCAGACACAACUGAAUACUACCUGGUUGCGCUGAACGAACUGCAAAAAAAGAUUUUAACAUAUAUAAAGUGUUUUCCUAUUUACAUGCUCUGUACAAAUCUUUAAA